UUUUUAUAAAGUUUGUUGCCUAGAAUUCAGUCAAAAUACACUUCAAUGUGAGCAGAACGCGUUAUUCUAACAGUGAAUGUUUGUUUACAUGCUCCUCGUCCCGGCGAAAAAGAUAUCUCAACAUGUCAAAGGCAGGUGGUAAGAUGAAGGCCCUCAAGAAGGUGGUGGAGAAGGUGAACCACAGCAAUCUCAUCCGCACGAACAUCCCCGCGGGAAUGGCCGUUGCUGGGCCUCCCCUCGGGCCGAUGCUGGGACAGCGAGGGCUGAACAUUGCAGCUUUCUGUAAGGACUUCAAUGCUCGCACUGCAAACUAUAAGAAUGGCGUCCCUCUCCCAUGCAGAAUCCAAGUGCGCUCAGACAGAUCCUAUGAAUUAACCAUACACAAUCCUCCAGCAACGUUCUUCUUAAAGCAAGCAGCAGGAAUUCAGAGAGGAGCCAUGUCGCCUGGCCGGGAAGUUGCAGGAAAAGUCUCCCUAAAGCACAUUUAUGAAAUAGCCAAGAUCAAGCAGCAAGACCCACCACUGCAGCUCACCCCACUCAAACAGAUAUGUGAGCUCACCAUUGGUGUUGCACAUUCCAUUGGACUAGAGGUUGUCCGAGAAAUAGACUCAGAAGAAUACGGAGACUUUUUGAAAAAUCGCACUUCAGUUGUGGAAGAACAGUUAAAAGAACUACAGGAGAAGAAAGAAGCAAAGAUGCUAAGAAAGUAAUAUUUAGGCAACAUCGUCUGACUUUGGGCUCUGUCCUUUAAGAGUGUGUACAUAAACUUUUAUAAUGCGAUGAAUGCACUUAAAUUGUAAAUAAUGUAUUUACUUAGAAGUAUUUUCUGUUAUUUGGAGUUUCUUGCUUUUAUAGUGUUCAAUAUGUGAUUUCCUUGUUAGUAAAAUGUUGUUAAAGAGGCUUUCUUUUUCAUUUUAUCAUCUGAUGUUAAUUUAUUGGAUUGAUUAGAUUUUCAGAUUUUCUUCAUCUUUUUUUUCUACUUCUUCCUCUUUUCCAAAUUAUACAAUAGUUUCAUUCUUCUCUCCCAAAAUAUAUGUGACUCCCCUUGACAGUC